CAAAUGAUCCAAGCUCCAGUGUUCAUAGUGAUAAGCCAGUUGAACAGAGCAUGUCUACACCUAGUUCUUUUAAAGAAACUGUAUUUCUAAAUGAUUCAAGCUCCAGUGUUCAUAGUCAUGAGCCAGUAGAACAGAGCAUGUCUUCACCUAGUUCUUUUAAAGAAACUGAAAUUGAAUUUGAGGAUGAUCCUGCUGCUUUUAGCCAAAUAAAAGUAUUAACACCAGAUCUUAUUGACUAUUUUUUCAAAAAAGGACCAUCUCAACCGUCUUCAAAUGAUCUUCCCAGUAAAAUAUUUCCAAAAGAUAUCCAUGGCCGAUGUUUUCAUGAAAACUUGUAUUGGAAGAAUUCUUUUAGCGGAGAAUUGUCUAGGAGAAAGUGGCUAUCAUACUCAAAAAAAUUAAACAAAAUUUUUUGUCAUUAUUGUGCUCUCUUUGGAAAAAAUGAACAAAUAAACUGGAGCCGUGAAGGGUUUUCUAAUUGGAAAAAUGCAUCUGCCAGAAUUGUUGUACAUGAAACAUCGGAAGCACAUAUUAUGGCAUCCCUCAAAGCAAUCUACAGGAAAGCAGCUUUUCCAUUGAUACCAUCUUUAACAGAAAAAUCUGCAAUGAUUGCUAUUCAAAACAAGGAAAUUGUUAGUCAUUUAAUUGACAUAACAUUGUUCCUUGGAAGACAUUGCCUAUCAUUUCGAGGACAUAGAGAAGGCUGGAAAGAUGAAAUACGCGGAAAUUUUAAAGAUCUUGCAAUUCUUUUGGCUAAAUAUUCUCCACCAUUGGCAAUGCAUAUUAAUGAAAUUCAAAACUGUGGGAGAAAGACUCAAAACUUUUUAUCGUGGCAACGGCAAAACCAACUGAUACCAGCCAUUUCAACAAAUAUUAAAAAUGUCAUUCAGCAAGAGUUGUUUAAUGCUCAUUACUUUAGUAUUUCAUUAGACUCAACCUUCGAUAUAUCAAAGAAAGAGCAGUUAUCUAUGGUUAUCAGGUAUAUUAAUAAGAAAACUGGUAUAGUAUGUGAACGUCUUAUAGCAGUACGCCAGGCAAUCUCUACUACUAGAAGACACUUGUUUACAAUGUUUGAGGAAAUUUGUGGUGAAUUAAAUUUAAAUUGGAAGGAAUUUUUAGUUGGGCAAUCGUUUGACGGAGCUGCAUCAAUGCGAGGCCAAUAUAAUGGUCUUCAGUCGUUCAUUAAAGAGCAAAAUCAAUGUGCUACUUAUGUGUGGUGUUGGGCUCAUCGCUUUAAUUUAGUGAUUGUUGAUGCAGUAAGUUGUUGUAUUGAAGCACGUGAUUUAUUUGGCAACUUAGAAAUGCUAUACGACUUUAUUGGAAGUAGCAAACACCGUGUUAAUCUUUAUUCUAGUUACCAAAAAAAAAAUUAUCCAGGAAAGCCGUUAAGACAAUUACAGAGAGUUGAAACAACUCGUUGGUCAUCACAUGCAUCUGCACUACAAACUACUUUUGAUACGUUUGAUGCUAUAAUUGAUACUUUACAUAGUCUAGAAAUUGACGAUGCCUCUCAUCGUGUCUGCAGUGUAAAAGCUAAUGGCUUAAUGGAGUAUUUAUUAUCAGAGCGUUUUGUUUUGACUGGAAUGUUGUUUAUAAAAAUAUUUGAUAUGACCAGUCCACUUAGUAAAUUCCUUCAAAAGAAAAAUAUUGACUUAUUAGCUGCGGUUAACUAUGUACAAAAUAUACUUACUAGAAUUAAAAAUCUUCGAAAUGAUAUUAAAUUUGGAAAUUUAAAUAUUUUGACAACACAAAUAAGUGAACGUUUCAAUGAAAAUCUUUCACCAUUGUAUAAAGACAUAUCACUUUUUCAAAGAAAACGCUUAAGAGAAGUUGAAAAACUUUCUUCUAGUUUACCUGUGGAUGCAUUUAAUGCAUUUGGUAGUAUUUAUGGGAAGUUUUGUUCAGCUGACAUUCUUAGAAAAGAAUCUACAGUUUUGAAGUUUUCAAGUGCCAGUCCAGAGCGAGCAUUUUCAAAAUUGAAAUUAAUCAAAAACCGAUUAAGAAGUACUUUGAGUGAAGAUAGAUUAGAAGGACUAAUGUUGAUAACAUGCGAGAGGGAUGUUCCACAUUACAAGCCAUUAGGACCUUUUACUGUCAAUACUAAAUUCUUUCAUCCUUCAUCCUCCUUCAAUUCUUCCAUUCUUCUUCAAAUAACUAUUAAAUAA